AUGGGAGAUUUCGUGCUCGACGGUGAUCAUGAAGACCAGGGUGACGAUUUUGGUGAUGAAGCCUCCAAAGAGGAUAUAAGUGUGUCUGAUGAUAUCCAGUUCGAUGCGGAGCUGGAAGCCAUCAAGGAGCGUUUCAAAGAAAUCGAGGCCGAUGCCAACAAACUCCAUGAUCUGAGGCAUCUUACUGACAAGUCUCCCGUAUCAAGCCGGCCACAAACUCAAAUCGACCACAUUGCAAUCAGUUACCGAUGGCGCGGCUCCAUAACUGACUGCCGGUCGUUUUGGAACACAUUUGUGGACUCUGACCACGCGCUCGUCCGGAGUCGCUUCGCCCUACGUUUCCCGGGGUCGCGUAAGGUGCGGACAAAUCGCACGGCAACUGAAAGACUGGCAGAUCCGGAUGUCAGACGAACUUACAAGAAUCGUAUUCUAGAGUUUCUUCCAAGUGCUCCGCCAUCAGAUGUGAACUCAUACUGGGACGAGAUUGCCACCUCUUUGCAUAGUGCUGGGAAUUUUGCCUGUGGCACGACCCAUCCAGGCGCACUCAAGCACCGGAUAUCAGACCGAACGUUGGCACUACUUAAAUCUCGAAGAAAUAUCCCAGCCGGUCCCGAACAUAACCCGAUGCGAAGAGCCAUCAGACGUCAAGAGAAAGUGAGUUUGCGAUCCGACUGUGAACUAUGGUGGACACAGAAAGCCAACGAAAUGGAAGGGGCCCAGAAAGCCGGUAAUGCCCGGAGAUUAUUUCAGUUGAUCCGUGCGACCAGUCCCCGGAAACGACCUGUGAGUGAAAGCAUCAAGCGUCAGAAUGGAACGACCAUCUUGAAUGAGGAGGAACGCCUUGACCGGUGGGCUGAAUACUUUGAACAACAAAUGUCUUGGCCACCAGCCGGCACUCAUCUACAGCCCACAGGUGAAGUAGAACCCUGGACGGUGAACGUGGAACCACCUACGGCCUCGGAGGUUUACGACUGCAUAUGUUCUCUCAAGCGCCACCGAGCUCCCGGUCCGGAUGACCUUCCACCCGCACUGUUCAAAGACGGGGGUGAAGUCCUCAGUCAGCGCUUGUCCGAUCUGUUUGCUUGCAUUUGGGAAACGGAGUCUGUCCCAGACAACUGGGGAGAAUCCGUGUGCUGCGAGAGUCGAGUAGUUCCAGGGCGGGAUUAG